GCACUCUAUCCUCUCACACUGGUGGUGGUUAAUAUCCGGUGGGCAGACAGACUUUGGUCCGUACGAAUACGAGAGGGACAACUGGGAGUAUAAUCACGGACUAAUUGGGCCGAAUGGUCUGUGUCUGUGCUGCAUCACUACAUGUAAUUGUCUACAGUGCAAGUGAGAGGAGCCAUGAUGAGCUCGUGGACCAGACCUCGCUGUCAGUGCUGCCAGUCUGACACUGUGGAACCUUUGGUGGCUGUGGAGCUGAUGGAGAACGUCAGCCUCGAAACCAAACGAUGGCUGAUGUCCAGAAUCCAGGCCGAGAAGCGAAUGGGGGGGGCUGAGCUGAUGGUCCACCCUGGUGAGGAUGAUGAUGGGAACUUGCUGCUCGUUUCUGCUUCACGACAUGCCCUUCUGAGGGCGGCUGAGGUCCUGGGACUUUAUAAACCAUACAAAGACGGCUCCAUGGUCACGUUCUCCAACAGAGACAAGGGGAACUUCAAAACUGCAGAUAACAUCACUGAGUUCCUGACUCUAGCCGAGCGCCAGUUCAUUGUUAAGCGGGAGUUGGAGAAUAUCAAGGCUGUGAAUGAACAUCACAUUCCGGGAUAUCCCACUGAGUCCCUGUAUUCGGGCGAAGCCAUUUUUAACAGGUUGCGGAGAGGCAAGAUCCUGCAUAAACUCUACCCCAUGCAUGAGGAGGAGAUGGUGGACAAGUUGACCACUUGCUGGUACACACCACCGAGCCUGACCCUGGAGCCAAUUGAUUCUAUCUACAAGUACUUUGGGGGUUCUGUUGCCAUGUACAUACGGUUCCUGGAGUUCUUCACCUGCUCCAUGGUGCCCAUGGCCAUCUUUGGGAUCGCAAUGUCCUGCUUUGCACAGGACUCUGUGGACAAAUAUAUUCUCUUUGCCAUCUUCAAUGUGAUCUGGUCCACGGUCAGCCUGGAACUGUGGAAACGCCGCAGCUCCACCCUGGCUUACGCCUGGGGCAGCUUGCAAAUGAAGAGCCAGUUUGAGGAGCCUCGGGUGGACUAUAAAGGCCUGGUAGGAAUCAACCCCAUUACCAAUCGCCAUGAGCCCUACUAUCCCAGCUGGAAGCGUACAGUGAAGCUCUGGUUUGUAUCCGGGCCCAUCCUUUGUCUGUUUCUUGCACUCUCCCUCAUCGCGAUGUUAGUUUUCUUCAAAAUGGAAGCCUGGGCCAAAGCCUUUCACAAGGAGAAUGAAGGCUCCUGGAGUCUGGUGCCGUAUGUGCCAAGUACUCUCUACACUCUGUUCAUCACCAUCACCAACCUCCUGUUUAAAACAGUUGCCAAAGUGCUGACCGAAUGGGAAAACCACCGUCUGGAAUCCUCCUUCCAAAACCAUUUGACGGUGAAAGUCUUGGUGUUUCGCUUUGUCAAUUGUUUUGCCGUGUUGUUCUACAUCGCGUUUUACAUGCAAGAUGUGGAGCUCCUCAGAAAGGAACUCGCCUCUUUGCUCAUCGUGACUCAAAUCAUCAACCAGUUCAUGGAGACGUUGCUGCCUUAUCUCUACAAAAAGAUUUACGGCGACGACUCCAGUUCGAAGGAAUCCCAGCUCAAGAACACACCGGUGAUCGACAAGAUAAAAGCCCAGGGAGAGAUGACACCAUUUCCAGGAAUGUUUGACGAUUACAUGGAGCUGUUUGUGCAGUUUGGUUACAUCAGUCUCUUCUCCUGUAUUUACCCGCUGUCGGCCACCCUCAUCGCACUCAACAACAUGACGGAAAUCCACACGGACAUGUUGAAACUCUGCCGAAUCUUCAGGAAACCUUUCGUUGCUCCAGCCGCCAACAUAGGAGUCUGGCAGAUUGCUUUUGAGAUGCUCGGAUUCCUGUCCAUCAUCACCAACUGUUUCCUGAUCAGCAUAUCCCCUCAGGUGGUGGAGUACUGCACCACUCACAGUCUAACAUCCCAUAGGGUGUGGCUAUGGACAGUUGCAGUUGAGCACGCCUUGAUCGCUAUUAAAGUUAUCUUAGCACUUGCCAUUCCUGAUAUUCCCCAGUGGGUGAGACUGAAGAUUGACAGAGUGGAGUAUCAGUCGCUUCAAGCUCUCAAACAAAAGGUGGUUGAGCUGGACAAAGGGUACUGAGGCAAUGGAGGGCAGGAGCUCCGAAUCCCACAGAGUGUGUGUUCCCCACACUGACUACCAGGCAGCAGGACUUGCCAUGGCCAAUGAAGUCCAGUACAGUGCAAGCAACAUUCCACCCCCAUUUCCUUACCUUUCCUCUAUUUCCCUUAAUCCUCUGACUUCCCAAGUAUCUAACCAUCGUCCUUUCAGACACCCCCAAGUGAUCUUGCCUGUACGACCUUCUGGGGCAGUGUUUUCCAUUAUGGUGCCUCUCAGCAUUCCCAUUCGGUGAAUACGAAACAUUAUUCUAAAUGAACCGUUGCCAUAUAAGUAUUCCCUUUUGCUACACACUACCAACACGUACGCCCGUGGCGGAGGAUUGCAUCGCAGAAGUGACAUUGCAGCAAGAUUAAGAUGAAAGGGUUAAGCUAUGCCGUAUGGUCUGUGUCCAUCUGUGAGCCCGACGAGAUGUUUUUCUAUUGUAAUUGUACAUUCUAUUUAUUUUACCAUUGUUACUGUGUGUUACAGUUUUGUGGGAGAGGAGACAGUAUUCUAUGCAAACUAUUUAACUGGAAAAGUGGUACAAAUCGACACAAACCAUUAUUCCCUGAACCAAUGCAAAAUCAAACCGAAAUUUGCACGCCUGUGUCAAACUCUUAGUUGUUUGCUUCAGAUACUCUUAAGCAUGGCGAUGGGGUCAACAUCUG